UCAUAUUAUUCUUCCUCUUUCUCCUUCUCUCUUCACGCUCCGGAUACCUCCCCGGACUCCAUCUACAAGAGAGUCCCAGCGAUAAUCCACCAGAGGGAUUUCAAGAGGUUCCUUCCAGCUUGCUCUCAUCCUCACCACUCGUUCUCCGUGGUGUCAUAGAACAAAUUUGAAAACGGACAAGGGCUACUUUUACCCUUCAAGCGGCUUACCACCUAUAUUCGCAUCCACAGCGUGAAUAAUUCGAUUAUCCUCUCGACGUACUUUCCCAUACAUCCCUCGUCAAUGAGCCAAAACACAAGUCCUACGGUCAACGGCGACAACAAAACGAGCGCCCCUGGCUCCAUUGCUUCUGUUUGGGCGCGUGGUCCUCCAUCUGCCGUCUCAUCGACUUCCGCUUCCAAGAAUCAAUCCGGCGUUAAUACCCCCUCCCAAGAGGGAGCGGGCCUCCCAAACAUAACCAGUGUAUCUAGCUCAGCUGCCAUUUCGAUAAGAAAUGCCCAUUCAAGACAGAAUAGCUUAUUAGUGGGGCCUGGCGGCGUUGAUAUCAAGAAGGGUAACAUUGCAUUUGGGACAGUGGAUUCACCCAAUACAGCGUUAUCUUCGUCCCCUGCUGCUCCUUCGACCACCGGCGGCCACCUUGCGGAUGCAGUGAAAUCAUUUGGCUCGAUCGAUGCGGACGGAAACUCUGAUCCUGAUGUGGUGAAGACUCGAAGAACCAGCUCCCUUAGCAAUCCUAUCGGUCCUGUACAGGAGAAAAAGCUCAGUGUCCAUUCUCUCUUCACUAGUAAAGCCCCGGCGCAGGCCCCCUUGGGAUCUUCUCCAUCACGCCCUGCAAUGUCUCCUCCACAACCGCAUCAGCAGCCUAUUCCUCAUAUACGUCGCCAGUCAAUGGGGCAAGGGGGCCCCGGAUUCCAGAGCCAGGUGCCAGUAGGCUCUCCAAGUUUCACAAGCGGCCCACCCAUGCGUCCUCCCAUGGUAAUGCCUAACCAGCCACGUUCACCGGUGGCGAAUCCUAACGUCCCUCAUGGGCAAUACGCACCCAUGCCUCCGCUUCAUGUGCAACAGGGUUUCCGUCCCCCGCAACAAGGUAUGGGGACUCAGCAGCCUCCAGUGAGACCUAAUGGUAUGGGCACUCAGGGCAUGGCUCGUCCCAUGAUGGGUCCUGGCCAAUAUGGUAUGCAUCCUGGACCCCAAGGGCCCCAGUAUCCAGUGAUGGGAUAUCCUCCUCAAGGAGGUUUCUAUCCCGGUUAUGGGCCGUAUGACCAACAGCCGCAUUACGGUUCCCCACAAUGGGCCCAGCAACAGCAAAAUCAGUCGUUCAACGCUAAUUUCGGUCCCGGCCCUAUGUCACCUCGGAGCGGUCCUAGUCAGAUUUCUUCCGCCCCCUCCCAAUCUCCUUUGCCACCUCAGGGAGUUCCACUUGGCAGCGGUGGGCCUAGUCCCAUUCCCACUCCGCCGAAUCGACCCCCUAACUUGAUGGCUGGUCACCAGCAUUCGGCCUCUAUUCCUGCUACUCCAAUUCCUUCUACACCAUCUCGUCCCAUGCAAGCUAACGUACCUCCUCCCUUCCUUUCCGGAGCAGCUUCAGUGUUUACACCCAGAGGUGCUUCAAAGGCCGUUAAGAUAGCACGUGAAGAUGGCACCGCUGUGAACAUGAAGGAAGUUGCUGAAGCGGCGUCAAAAGCGGUUUCCAGUGGUGCUCACACACCUGAAUCUGCGGCUCAACCUUCUAAAGAUGAUGCGCCUCGAAGAAAGCCUGGUUUACCUGUGAUUGUCAGACUUGAAUCUGAGGAACAGAAAAAGAAGAGGGUAGCAGAAGAAGAAAGAGAGGCCAAAUUGAAGUUUAUGGAAGAGAAGGAAGAGCAGGAGAGGAGGGAGCGCUUGGAAAAGAAGAUCAAAGAAGAUGAGGAGCGCCAGGCAAAAGAAGCCGCAGAAAAAGCUGAAGCAGAGAAGAAAGCUAAAGAGGAAGAAGAAAAGAAAAAGCUUGAUGAAGCUUAUGCCGCGGAAGCGCUGGCUGCAAAGAAGCUCGCAGAGGAGAAGGAAGCCACUGCCAAGGCCGCCAAAGAACAAACAGAAGCGGCUGAACGAGAAAAGCUUGCGGCACACGCUGCAACGCAAGAAGCUCGAGACAAGGCUGAAGAGCAACGUCGUGAGCUUUUGUCUACCCCUGUCACUCCAGCUGCAGUAUCACCCGUGGAAUCUCCGGCGCUCGGGGCGGGGCUUCCUGCCAAGCCUGUAGCUGCAAUCAGCGGUGCCAUGAAAACACUCCCUACAGCCCCGGAGCUGGCUUCUACAUCUGUCGCGACCAUCAAUGAGACGCCUUCAGCCUCCGCAUCUGCUCUUAGUUCUGCCCGGCCUAUCAAUGAUCUCAGUUCUAUCACUUACCCCGCUACGCUGAAGAGCCCCGAUCCUCGACUAAAUGUCGACGCCGAACCCGGCAAAUUCCGAUACGACCGCGAAUUCUUGAUGCAGUUCAUGGCGGUGUGUCGUGAGAAGCCAGAUACUCUUCCUCCUUUGGAGGACAUUGGCCUAGAAGUGGACGGUGGAAGCGGGUUUGGUGGACGUAGCUCUCGUGGAGGAAGUCGAGCUUCAAUGGGUCCCUCGAGUCGCUCUGCUCCCGGCGGCGCUGGCCUGGGCAUUAGUGGUUCCAAUCGCUCCGCCUUCCCCGGUCAGGGCAUGGGGCAGUUUGGCUCAAUGGGUCAAUUCGGCUCUGGAGCCGGACCCAUUCGUAGCACAAGUGAGCAACGGUACCGUGCCAGCCUCAGUAACCGCACACCUAGUUCAUUGUCUGGUUUGCCGUCACUAGGGAUCUCAGGGUCACGAACUGGCGCCAACAGAGGUAGUCAGCGUGGCUCCAAACGUGCUCCACAAUCGUCUCAAGUCCCAACAUCUGCCACUGCCCCUAUUCCGAUCUCCGAAAAUGCUUGGACCCGAACACGAUUGGGUGGCGAUGCUCAAGGUACCCCUGCUUAUAUCGAACGAAAGGUAAAAGCGCUCUUGAACAAAUUGACCGAGGAGAAGUUUGACCCUAUUUCGCUUCAAAUCCUCGAAUGGGCCAACAAGUCAGCCAACGAGACGGAUGGUUUGACUUUGAAGCUGGUCAUCAAACUCAUCUUUGAGAAAGCCACUGACGAAGCUCACUGGUCUGCCAUGUACGCGAAGCUUUGUAAGCUGCUGCAUGAUGAAAUCAGCCCUGAGGUAUCCGAUACCAUUGAUGGCAAACCAGUUGCUGGACGUGCUCUCUUCCGUAGAUAUUUGCUUGGUCGUUGUCAGGUGGAUUUCGAGGCUGGUUGGAAAGCUCGUGAGGACACAGCUGUGGCCGCUGCGGCGAAGAAGGAGGAGGACGGUGCCAAGCAGGAAGAAGCGAAGGAUGACAAGGACAAAGAGGCAGUUCUCAUGAGCGAUGAGUAUUACGCUGCUCAGAAGGCGAAACGUCGCGGUUUGGGUCUUGUGCAGCUUAUCGGAGAGCUCUUCAAAAGGGAGAUGAUUUCCAAUAGAGUAAUCAAAGAAUGCUUGCUCAAAUUACUCAGUAACACUACGGACCCUGACGAGGAAGACAUCGAAUCAGCCUGCAAACUCCUUACUACGAUCGGUGCGGCGUACGAUCGAGUCGCGCCUGAAAACCUCAGCAAAGCGUUCGAUAUGCUCAGUAAAAUGAUGCAGGUGGAAUCAUUGUCCUCACGUAUCAAAUUCAUGAUAAUGGAUGUCUUCGAUUUGCGCAGGAAUGGAUGGAAAUCAAAAAAGAAUCAGACGAGCGUUAUGACAAUUGCCCAAAUUCACGAACAAAAUGCAAAGGAAAAGAGCGCUGCUUCCACAGCAGUCUCCAAAGAAUCUAUAUCCCGUGGUGGUUCGCGCUCCGGUAGGGACAGACAUGAAGGAUCUCAACCUGGCGAAUGGCAGUCUGUCUCUGCUGGUCCGCGUUCCCUCAACCGACCUACUGAUUUCUCCAAUAUGGGUCGUAACAUCAGCUCUGGUGGAACAGCCCCUUCUUUCGGUCCAACUAGCAUCUUCAAUACUCGAAAGGGUAAGGCAGGAACCCCCACUAAUGUCACUCCUCCUAUGUCUCGCCAACCCUCUUCUGCAAACAUGUUUAGCGCUCUCAAUGAUACCCAAGAGAAUGAACUCGUGUCUGCCGAAAGACGGACCAGCACUGACAACGGUGAAUCUGCUCCACAACGCAAGAGGCUCAAUCUGGCCCCUCGUACCAAACCAGUAGAAGGCGAAGGCGAGAACAAGGACGAAGGGGCAGAGGAAGAACCGCAUGGAGACCGCGUGGAUGAACAUGACCUAUCUGAAGAAGAAGCUAGGGCCAAGAUUGAUUUAGAUAUGAAGGAGUUGUGGGGCGAAAAGGACCAAGGAGGGUCGAGGAACCCUGAAGAUAUCGCUGAUUACUUUAGUGCUUUACCCGUUUCGCGCCGUCCUCUGCUGGCAGAACGUCUUCUCAACGAUAUUUUCAGAAUAUCCAGGCUGAAGGAUGCUGAAAUAGUGGCGAAGGGGUGGAAAACCGCUUUACUGCAGCAAUCAGUUUCUGCAGAUGUCCUCAGACAAAGUCUGGAGCAUCGCAUGCCUACUCUAGAUGAUGAGUCCAUUGACUUCCCCUCAGCUUAUGAGGCUAUCGCCCUCCUGGUCCGAAAUGUUUCUCUAUCCCAAGAAGACAUCAACGCUAUGGUUGGGAGGAUUGAGGUAGAAGGAACACCUCGCAUCACUCCCCCGCAGAAAAUGGAAAAAGCCCUCAGAAAAGUCGAUGAGGCGGGAUCUUUGGCGUAGACAACCGAUUUCUUCAAUCUCUUGAGUUGAUUAUCCUUGCUUCUUCAUAUAUUUUACCGUUAUCCAUUUUUCUCUCUAAUUUCUAUCAGGUUUAUUCUGGUUGACGUAUGUAUGCCUGUUCCUAUGUCC